UCUCUGCCUCUGAUCUGUCGCUUCGUGACCAUGUAGCACUUCUUCGAGGACAAUUUAGUGAUAAACUCAGAUGAUUUUUUGGCGGAUGCUCUGAGGACGAGAUGAUCUGUGGCGCACUUCUCUUCACUAUCCGUGGUACGAAGGUGAUUAGCUUGGAACAUCUUGGAACAUGAUUCUGCGGAAAAAUCAUCGCCCUUUGAAAAUCUGCGAGACUCGUAUACUAACAUGACACGAUUAAUCGAAGAAAAUUUGUCUUCCUGGCCAUUGAUUUUUUUAAAUUUUGACUGUCAAACAGUGAUGCGAUAUGCUCAGUCUCUGACUUGUUGUCUGGACUCGCAUCGGCAUAAAAGGCUGCGCCUUUCUUUCGACCAAACCAUCGAGCUCAGUUCUACGAUGUUCUCCAAGGUUGUGUUCCUCUUGCCUGCAUAUCUAUCCGUCGCCGCUGGAAGUAUUCUGCCACCCGUCGCAGGUCGGACAUUGUUUUGCGGUUACACCAUUUACUUGUCUGAUUGCGUCGUAGAUGCUUCUGUAGGCGUUGCCGCCGACGUGUCUGUAGGUGCUGCUGCCGACGUGUCUGCCGAUGCGGUACUCCUACGAUCAGUUGACCUGCAGGCUGCAACGCCCGCAGUCGACCUUGAUGUUCUUGCAGACGUUUCUGCUGAAAUCGGUGCCGACGUGUCUGCCGACGUCGAUGCAGGUGUCUCUCUCGACGCCUUAUUGCGGCGCUCGCUGGAUGCGCGUGCUGUUGCACCCACGCUUGACUUUUCUGGCUCUACUUGGAUUUGGACAGGCGAACAGACUGGGGCCAACGAUAAUGCGCCCGUAGGUGUGCGUCCGUUCCGCAAGGCCAUCCCCUCAUCCAGUACAAAAUGUCCUGUAUGCGCCACUAUCAUCAUCUCUUCCGACGAUCUUUACUCUAUUGUUGUUAACGGAAACGAGAUAGGAGCAGGCAACGGUUACAAAAGGUCCGCCGUUUACACUGCCGGCCUCGAACCUGAAGGCCAUAAUGUCUUUGCUAUUGCCGUGAAUAACACCGGAGGAGCCGCUGGUCUUAUCGCCACCAUCCUUGUCGACUACAGUGAUGGUACCACCCAAACUAUCGUCACUGACACGACCUGGAAGACGAUCAAAGCUACGCCCCCCGGAGGCUGGACAAGCCCAAGCUUCGAUGAUUCAGCUUGGAUCGCUGCAAUCUCGGAAGGACCUACGGCAAGCACACCUUGGGGGUUGCCUGCGCUCCCCCCUGCCAUGAAUAUGACCGGAGUCAGUUGGAUCAGGACAAACGAGACUUCGGCAGCUGGGGUAGACCCUCUUGGUCACAGACCGUUCCGCAAGACUAUUGCAUCGCCAUAUGGAAAGGCUGCUGUUUGCGGAAAGGUCGUCAUCACCGCCGAUGACGCGUACACGUUGUAUGUUAAUGGAAAUAACAUUGGCAAUGGCAGCAACUGGCUAGCCAUGCAGGCGUAUUCUAUUCCCAUUCUGGAUGCAGAUGAAAACCUUAUCGCGGUGGAUAGCGUGAAUACGCAACCCACCGUUGCUGGGCUCAUUGCGGGUGUUUUGGUGGCGUACAAUGAUGGUACAUCGGAGACAUAUUACACGGAUGAUUCAUGGAAAACCAUGGAUGCGACCUCUCCGGCUGGCUUCGAAGCAACAGAUUUGGACGACAGUGCUUGGAUUAGUGCGAAGGAGUGGGUGCAUGGCAGUUCUGCGUCGGUGACCGUUCCGCCUGCGUAAACUGUUUGUGCGACGAACUCGUA